AUUGGGCGUAGGCUGAGUCCUUAAUAUGAGAACUGAUCCCGGAACAGCAGCAGUGCAGAACAUAUUAUUUUCACCUUGACAUCAGCUAUGGCGACUGCGACAACGUUUAUUCAGAGAUUAAGGAACUUUUUGGCGGGGAGGAAUCUUCAGGCAAAGCUUCAGCUGCGUUAUGAAGAACUUGCAAAAAGGACUCAGCUUCCUCCUAAACUUCCUGUUGGUCCCAGCCAUAAGUUCGCCAACAACUAUUACCUUACCAGAGAUGGGAGACGGGAGUCUGCUCCACCGACUAUUAUAAUGUCUGCUCAGAAGACCCUGGCACCUGGCAGUGAAGCUCCAGCAACGACCAAGCAUCCUGUCCUGCCUGGCCCUGUGCUGAAAGAGCUCCCGCUGUCCUCCGAUCAGCCGUACCUCUGAACCGUCUCCCACAGCGUGAUCAAGAAAUACUGCUCAUAAACUUUGCUUUUCCUGAAUAACUCGUGUAUAUGCUAAUUAUAUACAUAACUAAACUAUGUGUAUAUACAUCCAGAAACAA